AUGUCAGCUGAUACAAGUAGAACAAUUUAUUUAGGCAAUGUUUCUAAUGAUAUGGAUCCACAUGAUAUCCUUAAACAAGUUCAUACAGGUAAUAUCGAGUCUUUUCGUAUUGUGUCUGAUAAAAAUUGUGCCUUUUUAUCUUUUGUGGAUCCAGCUGCGGCUCAAGUAUUUUAUCAAGAACAUCUUACAAAGAAACUUAUUGUUAACAAUACGGAGCUUAGGAUUGGUUGGGGUAAAGCAAGCAACUUAUCUACACAACUUAAAUUACAGCUUCAAGGAGGCGCAACUCGUAAUGUUUAUUUAGGAGGUUUAAAUGAAAAUGAUAAUGAAGACACUAUUCGUGCAAAAUUAUCUUGUUUUGGUCCUAUUGAACAAGUUCGAGUUAUUCGUGACAAAAAUAUUGGCUUCGUUCAUUUCUUAAAUAUUAGCUCUGCUAUCAAAUGUGUAGCUCAUUUACCAAGUGACCCUGAUUGGAAAAAUAAGAAAGUUAAUUAUGGUAAAGAUCACUGCGCAGAUCUUGCUGAUCAAUAUGGAGCAGCAGCUCUUAGUCUUCAAAACCCUUAUGCUGCAGUUGCUGCUGCUAAUGGAUUUGGAUUUGAUCCUUAUGGUUAUGGAAUACAAGCUGCUAAUCCAAAUUCAAAUCUUCAGCGUACCUUAUAUUUUGGUAAUAUUCAUCCUGAAGCAACUUGUGAGGAUAUUUGUAAUGUUAUACGUGGUGGCAAUAUACUUCAAAUUCGUUAUCUUCCUGAUAGACAUAUUGCAUUUGUUACCUUUACCGAUCCCAACAUUGCUUUGAAUGUAUUUAAUCAUACUUCUACAGCUGGUCUUAAUAUUAGAGGAAGAAAAAUUCGAGUUGGUUGGGGAAAACCAUCAACAAUCUCUAAUCAAGUAGCUAUGGCUAUUCAAAGUGGUGCUACUCGUAAUAUUUAUAUUGGAGGUAUUGAUGAAAAGAUUACAAUUGAAAAAUUACGUGAAGAUUUUGCAGAAUAUGGUGAAAUUGAAAUGGUGAAUAUUUUUAAAGAAAAAAAUUGCGCUUUUGUUAAUUUUACAAGUAUUACAAGUGCACUUACGGCACUUAAUUCCAUUAAAUCGAAACCAGAUUAUACUGAGUUGAAGAUAAACUUUGGCAAAGAUCGAUGUGGUAAUCCCUGGAGGCCCACUAACAAGACUAGGGAAAAUAAUAUUAAAAAAGAUGAAAAUGAAACUUCUUAUUCAGAAGAAAACAAUGUUAAAUCAAAAAAGACAGAACAAAACAAUAACGAGAAUUGCCCAAAUGGUAAUAAGAAUGAGUAA